AUGUCUACAGCAUCUAAAGUCACGUUAGCAGCGUCCAUUGCCUUUGCGACUGGCUCAUUCAUAUUUAUCAACUAUUCACAACAAGCAGAAAGGUCAGCAUUGCGUCAAGGUCCAAUAAAAGAUGCCCAACGUAUGGCUGCCAAGAGGGAGAAAUCACAGAAACAAAAGUUAAAUGAAGCUGAGCAUAGAGAGCAAAAUGAAUUGAAAGCCAAAUACCAGGAAUUGCAACCUUUAACUGGCGAGAUUAUUCGUGGUGAAGAAACUAACCCAUGA